UACUACUGUGCUGUAUGUUAAUGUUAGUUUUCUAUUUGUUAGAACUUGUCUAGGAUUUGUAAUUCAGUUUUUCAUUCAUGCAUAUUAUUCUGUCGGACGAUUUACGAAAUUAGUAUACCGAUUACAAUUCAACUCAAAAAUGAAUCGGUGUGUGAUACCUGCAAUCAGUGAAGAUGUGCAAGGUGAUGGCAGGUGGAUGAGCCAGCAUAACCAACAUUUGGCAGACACCAAAGACAGAGAGCCUGAUGUCCUGUGGAUCGGGGACUCAAUAAUGGCUCAUUUGAAACAGCGACCUAUGUGGAAUGAUCUGUUUGAGCCGCUCCAUUCCCUCAACUUCGGCGUCUCAGGUGAUACAACGCAAAAUGUUUUGUGGAGGAUAAAGAAUGGCGCACUGGACAAUAUUAAGCCAAAGGUUGUCAUAGUCCAUGUUGGAACAAACAAUUUUGGAGACUUGCCUGAAGAUAUCUCCGAUGGAAUUGUAGAAAUUGUUAAUGUCAUUCGUGAAAGACACCCAGAUACUUACAUUGUUUUUGUGGAACUGCUGCCUAGAGGACAGCACCCAAACCCUCUCAGAGAACGUAACUCUGCCGUCAAUGAGUUGGUGAGAAGGAAACUACAGGGUCAACCAAGAGUACAGACCGUUAGCUGUGAGAAAGGCCUAGUAGGCACGGACGGGACCAUUAGUCACCACGACAUGCCUGACUACCUACAUCUCUCGGACGCCGGCUACCGCAAGGCCUUUGAACCGCUGCACGACCUGUUGCUGCAACUGCUCUCCGAGGGGGAGGAAGAGAAGGACCUGACGCCUUCGGAAUGAAUCAUCGCAAAGACUAGCGGGUUGAGGGUUACCAGUGUUAGCAACGGAAAAGAAUCUCUCAGAGCUUUAAAGUAGGCCUGUACAUUUUAGUUCUAUCGCCUCUUUUGUGAAGGGAUCGAGUGAAUACGGUUAGGUUCAACGUGAGCAAAAGUUUUGGUUGAAAUUAAUCUACAGAUUGGGAUGGAAUAUUAUUCUACCUUCAAAAGGUUUGGCUUUGUUAGUUGCAGCUAUAUUUUUUUUCUAUCCAUUGUAAUGCAGGUUGAACAAUUUGUUUAGAUUCCGAGAAACUUACUUGCAGUCGAACUACACAAGUGUAAAUUUUGCUUUACAAAUGUAACCGAAUGUUGAACAAAUAGAGGUAAUGUCGCUCAGAUUGUUAAAAGAACUAUGAACAAAUUUUUUACUAUUAUCAAGUUUAUAGGCCACUUUCACUGUAAAGUUAACGCUAGUUUACUGUAGGGUAGGAAAUAAUCUUUCAAUUACACUUACACUUCAGACUGAGGUUAGUGAAUAUGUUCGGAGUUUACGAAGGUAACAAAGUUACUAUAUGGUCUCAAGUGCGGCGCACCAAUGAAAAGCAUCACCAAAGUUUCCCGCUUUAUUCGUUGUUCGGACAAGCGUUAGUGAUAUUGCAGGGAUUUUAGUUUGUCUAAUACUUUGUCAGUCACUUUAAGGUUAUGUUUUCCAAGUUGUUUACUUUAGUUGUAUUUUUUUUAGAAUUGUCGAAUCUUGAAACACUUUGCUUUAUGUCUGUGAUCAGUUAAGCUUGUAUUUUUUCCAUUUUGUACGCGAGCAAAAUAAUAUACUGUAAAUUUCAAAGAAAUCAGACAAAACUAAUGUGUGCAUACUGCAUUCUUAUUUUACUGUGUCGUUUUGAUGUUGAUUGUUUUGAAAAAAUUAUGCAUUUUCAUAAGUAAGUUAUGUGGAACCAUUCAAAAUUUUUAUUUCUGCAAAUUUGUUGGACAACUUUAAGUUAAAAUUGAAGCAAUUAAUAUUGUCGCUUUUUAAUGACAAAAAUAGUUAAUUUUUCCAGGUCUUCACGUUUUUAGUCUUGGUACUGAAACAGUCUAGGUAAUAUUAUUUGGGUCCAUUUUACAAGACAAUUGUGCUCAAACCGCAUUGUGAAAAAAUAUGACAAAUGACACAGCUCUUACAUGUAAAUACACAAACUCUUGCAUAGGAAUAAUUUUACACUGUUUUAGUUGCAUGAUCAGAAUAUAACCCGAUAAUCAACAAUAAUGAUUGAAAAUGUAAAUUAGUUUUUGCUCAAGAUGUUAGAUAGCGAACAUAGUAAAAAAAUAUUUCAUUGGACUAAACAAUAAAUCUGGAGGAAUGAAAAAAACUAGAAUAAAAAUAUUGAAGCUUGGUAAUUUAAAUAUGGAUCAUGCAACUACAUUUUAUAUGUUUACAUUCCCCACCUUAAGUUUUAGUCGUUUGUUUUACUUUAGUAAGUUUCUUCAUGAUGUACUUCAAUGAAUUUUAUAUACAUUUUUGUAACUGCUGUUUUUGUGUGGAAAUUAUUUUUGCAUUGUAUUAUUCAAUAAAUUAUAAAAAAUCAACGGAAUGCAACUUCUUUUGUAUACCUGAAUAAUAAAAGCAUUCAGAUUUUUA